UAAUUGCAAUCUUUCCCGUCCCGGAGGGCGACGGCGGGACGGCUCCUGGGAGGCUGCGGCUGGACGGGCGACGGCGGCGAGGGGCCUGCACCGCCCUGCACGCUCCCCCGGCCACCCCAUGCCCGGCUGGCGUCUGCUGGCCCAGGCGGGCGCCCGGGUGCUGCGCCGCGGCCCCCUGGACGCCGCCCGGGCCCCGGGGAACAGAACAAACAUAUGCCUUUCGGUUAGAAGUUUACAUGACAAGAGUGCUACGUGGUGGGAUGAGCAUCUCUCCGAAGAAAAUGUCACAUUUUUGAAGCAGCUGGUCUCUGAUGAAAAUAAGGCCCAGUUAGCAAGUAAAUUGUGUCCACUGAAGGAUGAACCGUGGCCUAUACACCCUUGGGAACCAGGUUCCUCCAGAGUAGGACUCAUUGCUCUGAAGCUGGGCAUGAUGCCUCUGUGGACCAAAGAUGGCCAAAAGCAUGUGGUCACGUUGCUCCAGGUGCAAGACUGUCACGUCCUCAAGUAUACUCCAAAGGAAAAUUGUGAUGGGAAAAUGGGAACCUUAACCGUAGGAGGAAAAACCGUUUCACGAUUUUACAAAUCUCCAGCUAUAUUGGAAUUUUACCGAGAACUUGGAUUGCCACCAAAGCAGAAAGUGAAAAUCUUUCGUGUCACAGAUAAUGCUGUAAUUAAGCCAGGUACUCCUCUUUACGCUGCUCACUUUCGCCCAGGACAGUAUGUGGACGUCACGGCCAAAACAAUCGGUAAGGGUUUCCAAGGCGUCAUGAAAAGAUGGGGAUUUAAAGGCCAGCCAGCGACUCACGGUCAGACCAAGACCCACAGGAGACCUGGAGCUAUUGCGACUGGUGAUAUUGCCAGAGUCUGGCCUGGAACUAAAAUGCCUGGACAAAUGGGAAACAUAGAUAGGACAUCAUAUGGGCUGAAAGUGUGGAGAAUCAAUACAAAGCACAAUAUCAUCUAUGUAAAUGGCUCUGUGCCUGGACAUAAAAAUUGCUUAGUAAAGGUCAGAGACUCUAAGCUGCCAGCAUAUAAGGAUUUCUGUAAAAACCUACCAUUCCCUACAUAUUUCCCCGAUGGUGAUGAAGAGAAACUCCCGGAAGAUUUGUAUGAUGAAAAUGUGUGCCAGCCCAGCGCACCUUCUAUCACCUUUGCCUGAGCCAGUGGACAGGGCAGAGAGUUUUGAUGGAUGGAGUCGGGAAUCCUGUUUUCCUUACGGAACCACAUAGACCUGUUAUGUCAAAGGUGUAAACACAGCCUUUAUCCUUCAACUGAAUUUUGUUGGAAAAAAUUACAUCACACAUACCCGCUAAGUAGGAUGGAGAUGUCAACUGUAGAGGCACUGGCAGUUUCCGGACAGAAUCUUUACAUUAUGUGAGCUUUAUGCUUUUCUACUAUGUAUUUCCAGGUCAUCAUGUUUAUAAUUAUAACUUCCGUAAUUAAAGAUCUGUCUCUGUGAAUGA